AUGUACAAUAUGUAUCAAGCAAUUGAUGAUUGCAAGGCACAUGAUCUCCUACAAAUCGUGGAUCUGAAAAUUUAUUUAAUAAAAUUAAACAUUAUUAUUAGAUACAUUGAUUUAUUUAAUGUAGAAACAGAUGGUAUCAUUAGUGAAGUUCCAGAUGGAUGUCAAAUAAUAAAUAACAUAAAAUACAUAAACAGAAAUGUUAUUAGUACAAUUGACUUUGAAUUUAAAAAAUUCAUUAAUCAAAUAGGACGCUUUCGGAUGCAUCCAUAUUUUGAUUUAAAUUUAAAAAAUACUGUAUAUCCGGUCGAACAAAAUGAUUCCAAUGUAAUUUCUUUGGAUUCGGAGAGAAUUGUGAAAUUUGUGAUAACACCCAUCCCAGCAUUGCAUGAAGAAAAUUACAAUGAAUUGUUGGUGGUAGCAUGUUUAAAAACAUAUUUUGGCAAUGCAGUCCAAUCCUCUAAACAUUCACUAAACAACAUAUAUAAACAUAUACAAAUUAUCGUGAUUGUAACAAAAUUCCAAUUUAUCAAUAAAAAAUACCUUAAAAUCACACUAAAGAAUUUAGUACAUAAACAAUAUAUAGAUGAAUAUGCUAAACACAAUUAUACACUAUAUAAACAAGCAGACAAUAAAAAAAUUGACUUGUUAAUUUCAAAAUUUCGAAAUAUUGGAAUAAUUAAUUCUAUACUUAAUUUAACAAAAGAAAAAUAUUUAUCUACAUCAGUAAAAUAUGAGCUAUCAACCAGUGUAUACGAAUAUACAACAAGACUACAUAAUAGAACUGAAACACAAGAAAACAAGAUUAUGGGCAACAUUCAAGAAAAAGUUGUAUUUAUUAAAAAAAUGUUAAAUUCAAUAACUGAAAGUCAGCAAACAACAAUCAAAACUAUACAUAAUACAUAUACAACAAAAUUAACAGCAUAUAAACAAUUAUUGAACACAACAUUAAAUAGUUCACCCAAAUCUACCAUUGACUAUUCAUUUACAACCGAUGAACUAUUACAGAAUAUUAAUAAUUCAAAUUUACAACUUCCUUCAGAACCCAUGACAAGAACCAUUCCACCCACACCACCCUCAAAAAAUCUCGAGCAACUACAGACGUCACAGAACAAAUUUUAUCCCCAACGUUGA